UCUAUCUAAUCUGUUAAAAUCAGGACAUGUUAAAAAAAUUACAGUUUUUCUAAAUCGAUUAUAAUAUUAAUUUCUAUACUUUCUCGUGCGUAUCAUGCGAGAAAGAUUCGAGAGAUAAUCAUUUCCUUUAACAAGUCACCUAACCUCAAUACCUGAUUUGUAUAUUAUCUUGAAAUAUACAACAUAAAAUAAUGUAUAAAAUUGUUACAGAUUAGAAUCAGAAGAAAUCUAGAAGAUGGCCAAGUCCAAGAAUCACACGAAUCAUAAUCAAAAUAGGAAAGCGCAUCGAAAUGGUAUCAAAAAGCCCAAGAGAUACAGACACGAGAGCACACUUGGCAUGGAUCUGAAAUUCUUGAGAAAUCAACGCUUUGCGAAGAAACAUAACCUAAAACCAAAGGCUCAAAAAGCGAGGACAGAACAGCGAAAAACUCUUCGUGCAGCUAGACAGGAUAAGAAAUAGACUCAGUGUAAAUUAAUAUGAUUUUGUCAAAAUAAAUCGAAAAAAACAUA